AUGGCAUCUGAAAACAAUGGUUCUGCCGAAGAUGAAUCUUUUCCACCAAAGUUCAUCGAAUGGCCAUUAGAUAUGGGUUUGGAGGAUGAUGAAUUUAGAGCGGGUUAUCCAUUUCUCUCAAUAUCUCCAGUUACCUCAAAUGAUGAAUGUUUAGUGACUAACUCUACAAUAAUGAACAAAAAUGGUUUAAUUCGGCUGGAAAAUUCGAUUUUAACUGAUGAAAAACCUGUCAAGAUUGCCGACGAAAUGCAAGUAGUGGCAGAUCAAUCGUCCCAACCGUCUAAGAUAACCAUUACAUCACCAAAACAGUAUUCAUUAGUCAACGACACUGAACAAAAACAUAAAAAUACAAUCCAUCAUUUGGGAAGUGUUGAAAUGGUACAUCUUCACGAUCAAAUACCAACUAUUCCAACACGUGAAAUCAUUAAUAGAAAACUACAAGAAAACACUGAUUUCGUUCAAAAUGAUGCUAAUCGCUCUACAUAA